CAAAUGACGUCACAUCCUGUCAAGUGGCUCCAUGGAAGUUUGAAGAUGUUUACGUUAGGAAGAUCCAGAUGGCUCUGGUACCUAUGUCUCUGUGCGGUGUUGCCGGGCUCCUUCUGUCUGCUGGCCACGGGAAUGCUCUUCCCCAGGGAGUCUUCAUCUCGGGAGGUGAAAGACCUGAGCGGGCUGUGGAGCUUCAGAGCGGACAAGUCACCAAACAGGAAUCAAGGCUUCGAGAAGGCUUGGUACAAAAGUCGCCUGGCUGAGACUGGACCCGUGAUCGAUAUGGCUGUUCCCGCCAGCUUCAACGACAUUACUCAAGACCCCAAACUACGAGAUUUCAUUGGCUGGGUAUGGUACGAGCGAGAAGUGCUGGUGCCUUCCCGCUGGGUCACAGAUGAAGGGACAAGAGUAGUUCUUCGAGUGGGUAGCGCUCAUUAUUAUUCAGUGGUGUGGGUCAACGGGGUGAAAGUGACCCAACACAACGGUGGCCAUCUUCCCUUCGAGGCAGACAUAGGCAGCGUGAUCCGAGAGGACCCGAAACGUCCCUGCAGGAUCACCAUCGCGGUCAACAACACACUAACUCUGGAGACUCUCCCUCCUGGGACCAUCCAGUACUUCAAUGACCCCACCAAGUAUCCUGAUGGGUUUUUUGUGCAAAACACCAACUUUGAUUUCUUCAACUAUGCUGGGAUUCACCGUCCUGUAUUGCUGUACACUACCCCUAAAGUUUAUAUCGAUGACAUCACAGUGGUGACGGACUUCUUGGAUAGCACAGGUCUUGUCAAGUACAAGAUAUCAGUCCAAAAUGCUGUUGAAGCCACCAUAAAAGUCACUUUAAUGGACAAAAACAGUCACUGUGUGGCUUCCUCCAGCGAGUCAUCUGGACUGCUCAAAUUCACUGAUGUCCAACUCUGGUGGCCAUAUUUGAUGCAUGACAAUCCAGCUUAUCUUUACUCUUUGGAGGUUCACUUAAUGGCAGCAGAUGAACGAUCAACAUAUGAAGAUAUCUACACUCUACCAGUUGGCAUCCGCACUGUCCAUGUCACGAGCACCCAGUUCCUCAUCAACAACAAGCCCUUCUAUUUCCACGGGGUUAAUAAGCAUGAGGACUCUGACAUUCGAGGUAAAGGUUUCGACUGGUCCCUGACUGUCAAAGACUUCAACUUAUUAAAAUGGUUGGGGGCCAACUCGUUCCGCACCAGCCAUUACCCCUACGCCGAGGAGAUCCUGCAGAUGUGCGAUCGCCACGGCAUCGUGGUCAUAGACGAAUGCCCGGGGGUUGGCAUCAAAGACAUUCGGAGUUUUGGCAACACCUCCCUGGCCCAUCAUCUGGACGUGAUGGAUGAGCUCGUGCGGCGGGACAAGAACCAUCCUUCUGUGGUCAUGUGGUCAGUAGCCAAUGAGCCAGCAGCAGAGAUGCCUCCUGCUGAACUCUAUUUCAAGACUUUGAUAACCCAUACUAAAGCUUUGGACGCGACCCGGCCUGUGACUUAUAUCACAGAUAGUAACUAUGCCAGGGACAGAGGGGCACCCUAUGUGGACGUAAUCUGUGUGAACAGUUACUUCUCCUGGUACCACGAUCCAGGCCACUUGGACGUCAUCCCAAUCCAACUCGACACCCAGUUUGAGAACUGGUACGGAAAGUACCAGAAGCCCAUCAUCCAGAGUGAAUAUGGAGCAGACACGGUGCCAGGCCUUCACAGCGACCCGCCCAUGAUGUUUACUGAAGAGUACCAGAAUGCGGUCCUGCAAAGCUACCACAACGUGUUCGACCAGAAGAGGAAGAAGUAUGUCGUCGGGGAACUCAUCUGGAACUUUGCCGACUUCAUGACUACACAAGGAGUCACACGUGUGGUGGGCAACAAGAAAGGUGUCUUCAGUAGGCAGAGACAACCCAAAGCUGCGGCGUUCAUCCUGAAGGAAAGAUACUGGAAACUGGCAAAUGAAACGGGUAAGAUACCUUUUUGGACCAAAUAUCCUUGCGGGCUCGUGUGAGCGCUAUUCAUUGCAAAUUAAUGAUCAGAGGAUGUUGUUAAUAUCUGUCUAUUAUGGGCAUGGAAAGCUCUUUGAGAUCUUUCUGUAAUUAAGGGCUAUAUACAAAAUACAUUCCACUUUAGGCCAGGGGCAAUCUUAUUGUCAACAAUGUGAUCAGCCUUAUGCUCGUGCUUUAAAUUUCUUCGGUGAUCAUCAUUUUUAUGUUUUGUUUUUUUUUAAAUGUGUGAUUGCAUAAGAAAAUGUUAAAUUCAAGGAGUAAGAGCUUGAUUAAAGUCUGAUUUUAUACAUACUGAUUGCACUUAAUUUCAAAAGGUUAUUGAUGUUAAAAUAGAAAUAAAAAAAUAGACACUGACCAUUGAGUCCAAUCAGAUUUCACAACCAAGACAUUUAUUAAGACAUUCAUGUAAGCCAGUGCUUCUCAAUUAUUUUCGGUUACGCCCCCCCCUAGCAAGAAGAAAACUAUUCGCGCCCCCCCUCCCCACCGUGACUAUCCUAACUUGUCUUGUAAGUCGUAAAAUGUUGCACUGUCGCAAACGUGACAGAAGUAACAAUGAGAGCGCCACUGCCCCCUGCUGUAGUAAACGCGCAAUUACACUUUAUUCUAGUACUGCCAAAAAAAAAGCCUGUUCCCCAGGGUCACACGCGCCCCCCCAGGAAUAGCACCGCGCCCCCCAAGGGGGGCGCGCCCCACUAUUUGAGAAGCACUGGCCUAGGUGACUGAUUCACAAUUUGGUUUUGUCUGAUAUCAGAGAUUAAAUAAAGAAAACCAACUGGCUGAUUGAUUUGUUUUAAUUGAGAGGGAAAAAAAAACAGCAAAAGCAUUUCACUAGCUGACCAGGAGAUGGCGACAGCGUGGCAUCUGAAGACCAGGAGUCUCAGAGACAUUACUGUGCAAUAACAUCCUGCUCCUCACACCUUCUUGAAUUUGUCUACACUGUUUUUGCCAUUAUUCACAUGUCCUGAAUGUUGUUAGUCACCUAAAUGUUGAACAGAGGGUGUGUUUCUACCGAAGUCAAAUUCCUUGUUUGGCACGCUCAAACAUGGCGAAUAAAAACUCUUGAAUCUUGAA